UCGACAAGUCACACCAUCAAAGACCCUAGUUUUUGACAGUCGAAGGGUUGAACUUGACAGUGCAGUGGGGCCCUAAGUUCGAUUUCACUUCCAGCAACCAAAAAAACGCAAUAAUGGCCACAAAUAAGCUCUCGAUGCUUGUCCGCUCCUUCAGCACUAGCAAUGUCGCAAGUCAGAUGGUUAAGCCUCCGGUGCAGGUCUUUGGCAUUGACGGACGUUACGCCACCGCCCUGUACUCGGCUGCCAGCAAGCAAAAAACCCUCGAUUCUGUUGAAAAAGACCUCCUAAAGUUCCAGUCAGCUAUCAAGUCUGACCCCAAAUUGAGGGAAUUUAUCAAGAACCCCACAAUUAAGCGCGGGCUGAAAUCCGAGGCUUUGAAACAAAUUGCCUCGAAAAUAUCGCUUAACGCGCAGACGUCCAAUCUUUUGCAGACUCUUGCCGAUAAUGGGCGUCUGAAGAAUUUGGAUGGGGUUAUCAACGCCUUUAAGGUCAUGAUGGCAGCCCAUCGUGGAGAGGUGACUUGUGAGGUCAUCACAGCCAGAGACUUAGAUGCUGCGCAAAAGUCUAAGUUGGAAUCGGUCUUAAAAUCGUUCGUGAAGUCAAGCGAGACCAUUCAGUUGAGUACCAAAGUUGAUCCCUCUAUCAUAGGAGGAAUGAUCGUCAGCAUUGGUGAUAAAUACGUUGAUAUGAGCGUCGCUAGCAAAAUCAAGAAGUACACAGAAGUCAUUUCCACUCCUGUUUAAAUUAAUCAUUACGGUUAUAGAAGUUGCAUAGUUCGCCAAUAAAACGUCAUAAUUUCA